AAUGUCAAAUUUAUCGAAUUAAUGCACUAUCAUAAACAAAAUAUUGUAAAAAAUAAUUGAAAUGUUGCUGACAAACCAAAGCGAAGAUGUAAAUAAAACGACAACAAAUGAAAUCUCAGCCGAAAGAGCUAACAGCAUAGUCGAUGCAGCUGCCAUGGAAACGGAUAGCCAAACAACAAAAACGACUGUAAAGCAUGAAGCACAAUACGAUGCCGACAGUGAAAUGAAUGAAUCCGGCUCCGAAGACGCUGCAGUAAAGGAGGAUACGAAUGCCGAGGACGACAUCUCCACAGAAAUUGCACCGAUAAAUCGCUCGAAAGCCGAACCGAAAAACAGGCUAAACUUAAAAUGGAAUCUGCGAGCAAUAAUCUCGAAUUUGUACAUGCAAAGCGAGCGUCGCCUGCCGGCUGCCCGGGUGCCUAGAUGCCUGCACAAUACGAGCCAGUGCGUCAGCAAACAUCGGUGUGCCAUGCUCCCAGAUGCACCCACCAUUAGCGUUGCCCAGGACCUGCGUAACAAUCUGUACAAUCAGAACUACGAUACAUUUCUGGAUAUGCUUGAAAUAAUGGCGAUGCAAUCUGUUUUUCCCGAUGAGGCAGUUUUCGAUCGACUUUUCGAUAUGGUUAUGGUCCUUACGUCCAAGUGCUUGACGAUGGCCGAAUUAUUUGAUAGAUACAUAAAUGUGAUACGCACCUUUUAUCUAUUAGUCGACGCAUUUCCACCCUGCUGGACAGCAUUGCGUCCGUACUACUUAAAUUUCCUGGGCGUCAACAAUGCUACCGAGGAGAAGCCUCAAAAGCUGCAGUUACUCCUGGAUUUGCUGGAAGAUUGUUUGGCCAAGUGCAGCGACACUGAGCUACGUGAGUACACGAAGUUCAGUGAAGAGUAUCUAUUCGAUUUUGCCGAGGAGGAGAAGGGGAAGGAGGAGGAAGUGUUUCUGCGUCAUGUGCAGGACUACGACUGGCACAGCGGCAAACCGUGGGUGAAUGAUUUUAAGAAGAUGUCACCAUCAGUGCGGCUAGCCCGUGUUUGCAAUGCUCUGGACAUGAUUUGCUGGGUGCUGGAGCGUCAGUUUCUGGCAUGGCUGGAUCACAAUCGUCUGCAGCAAGCAGAACCUGAGAUAUUCCAGGAGGAAACGAAGCCCUUUGUGCUCAUCGUUUUCGGCAUGACGCCCAAAACGCGUCUCACGAACAUAACGCGACAGUUACUGCGUCUUUACAGCCGUGCAGCAUCCAAAUCAAUGUAUCCAAGUCGUCUACGCAUAUUGGAGCGCUAUAUAUCGCUUAUCAUGGAGGCUAGUAAUACCGCUGAGCUGCAGUACGUAGAUAGUUUUGUGAUUUAUCCCAGUUUGGGUGAGCAAACACGUCGUCUCAUUGGAGAGUUCUUUAAGAUAUUUAAAAUGGAAAAUCCCGCCGAAGUUAACACCUAUAUCAAGACCAUUCCACAAUUGAGCCAGCCCUAUGUGCGUUUCGAGUUUGCCGAUCAGUUUCUGCAGCUAUUCUACUGUUCCAAUGCUAAGUUUAGCCCGGAAAAGGUGUGCGAGGAGCACAAAGCAAAGCGUUGGUCCAAGUACAAACCGCGCAGUGAAAUCGAUCCGGCUGACAAUGAGCAGUUGUCGCGUGAGGACUACUUCAAGAUAAUGCUCAAGGCUCUACAGGAUUAUUGUCUGUGGUUUAACCUGCAAGCAUGUUGGGCUUACAUUAAAACCAAAACGCCCGUUCAGCAGCUACAGACUAGAACAAACAGUCCGCUAGCCACGCCCGUGGGCGUGGUCACCGGCGAUGUGGGUAAAAUAUUUAUGCUCGAUGAGAUGCAAAAGGAGGCGCCCAGCUGGAAGCAGCUGAUGAACGUAAAAGUCUGUCUGGCCAGGCCCAAAGUGAAUCUGCCCGUGGCUCGCAUAAAUGUCAGCAGAAUGGCCGAGUGCUAUGGCGUCGAUCUUCGCCAGCUGCGCUAUCUCCGUCGUCUUUUACUGGCAGUUAUGCGCUUCGAGGAUGUUCAGGAUUGGCUGGACUAUCUACAUCAAUUCUUGGGCGAAGAUGAGCCACCAGCUGUAAAGUAAAGAAUAGUAAAAGAAAAAUGAAUUUAUGUUGCAUCCAAAAUGAAGAAUUUUUAUAUUUUCUAUUUUUGUUAUUAUAUAUUUUCAUUGUAUAGAAAAACCCAGAAUUCUAAAAAUUAAAACUAAUGCAAAAAAAA